AUGGCCUACCAACCGCCUGGUAAAGAUAAUGGUGCUCAGUCACCAAACUACAACGAUAGCGGUCAUCGACUGGAAGACCUGCCCCAUGGCGCCACUUAUGAAGAAGAAGCUUCAACAGGACUGCUUUCCCACCAACAGGGCGGUCCUUUCGGUGGUCCUUUCGACGACCCUCAUCAGCGUGGCACCUCGCCUGUUCGACCUACGUCGGGAUACAGCUUGACUGAAACAUACGCUCCGGACGCGGGUUUUCAUGACCCUUACAGCACGACGGGCUCGGUUUACUCCGGCAACUCGGCAGAAAACCCCGCGGCUGCCUUUGGCGUCCCGGGUCGUGUAGCUUCUCCCUACGCUCGCAGUGAAACAUCCUCCACAGAAGCAUGGCGCCAGCGCCAGGCUCCAGGAGGUGGUGGCGGUGGUGGCCUCCGUCGUUACGCUACCAGAAAGGUCAAGCUAGUUCAGGGUUCCGUCCUCAGUGUCGAUUACCCCGUCCCCAGUGCUAUCCAGAAUGCCAUCCAAGCCAAGUACCGUAAUGACCUGGAGGGUGGCAGCGAGGAGUUUACCCACAUGCGAUACACCGCUGCGACAUGUGAUCCCAAUGACUUCACCCUGCACAAUGGUUACAAUCUGCGUCCCGCCAUGUAUAACAGACACACCGAGUUGUUGAUUGCGAUUACCUAUUAUAACGAAGAUAAGACCCUUACCGCUCGUACCUUGCACGGUGUGAUGCAGAACAUUCGCGACAUUGUGAACCUCAAGAAGUCCGAGUUCUGGAACAAAGGUGGACCCGCCUGGCAGAAAAUUGUUGUCGCUCUGGUCUUUGACGGUAUCGAUCCUUGUGAUAAGGACACUUUGGAUGUCCUCGCCACCAUCGGUAUCUAUCAGGACGGUGUCAUGAAGCGUGACGUCGACGGCAAGGAGACCGUGGCUCAUAUUUUCGAAUACACGACCCAAUUGUCCGUGACACCGAACCAGCAACUCAUCCGGCCCACUGAUGAUGGCCCGACCACCUUGCCCCCGGUGCAGAUGAUGUUCUGCUUAAAGCAGAAGAACAGCAAGAAGAUCAACUCACACAGAUGGCUGUUCAAUGCCUUCGGUCGUAUUUUGAAUCCAGAGGUUUGCAUCCUUCUGGAUGCCGGUACUAAGCCUGGCCAGAAGUCCCUCCUGGCGUUGUGGGAGGGCUUCUAUAACGACAAGGAUCUGGGAGGUGCUUGUGGUGAAAUUCACGCAAUGUUGGGUAAAGGCUGGAAGAAUCUGAUCAACCCCCUCGUCGCGGCCCAGAACUUCGAGUACAAGAUCAGUAAUAUCCUCGAUAAACCCUUGGAGAGUUCUUUCGGUUAUGUCAGUGUGUUGCCUGGUGCUUUCUCCGCCUAUCGUUUCCGUGCCAUCAUGGGUCGACCCCUCGAACAAUAUUUCCAUGGUGAUCACACUCUCUCAAAACAGCUGGGUAAGAAGGGUAUUGAGGGCAUGAACAUCUUCAAGAAGAACAUGUUCUUGGCCGAAGAUCGUAUCCUUUGUUUCGAACUGGUCGCCAAGGCUGGCUCCAAAUGGCACUUGUCCUACAUCAAAGCCUCGAAGGGUGAAACUGACGUGCCGGAAGGUGUUGCUGAAUUCAUUUCCCAGCGUCGUCGUUGGUUGAACGGUUCUUUUGCGGCCGGUCUCUAUUCGCUCAUGCAUUUCGGUCGGAUGUACAAGAGUGGACAUAACAUCAUCCGUAUGUUCUUCUUGCACAUUCAGAUGUUGUACAACGUUUUCAACACUAUCCUUACAUGGUUCUCCCUGGCAUCUUACUGGUUGACCACCACCGUCAUCAUGGACUUGGUCGGAACGCCCAGUGAGAGCAACGGUAACAAAGGAUUCCCCUUCGGUAAAUCGGCGACCCCUAUUAUCAACACAAUUGUGAAGUAUGUCUACCUCGGAUUGUUGCUCUUGCAGUUCAUUCUCGCUCUCGGUAACCGCCCCAAGGGAUCCCGCUUCUCGUACCUGACAUCUUUCGUCGUAUUCGGUAUCAUUCAAAUCUACGUUGUCGUCGACGCUCUGUACUUGGUGGUUCGUGCAUUCACAAACAGUGAUGCGAUAGAUUUCGUCACCGAUCAAGGUGUUGGCGAGUUCCUCAAGUCGUUCUUCUCGUCUUCCGGCGCCGGUAUCAUUAUCAUCGCCCUGGCUGCUACUUUCGGUCUCUACUUCGUCGCUUCGUUCAUGUACCUGGACCCUUGGCAUAUGUUCACCUCGUUCCCCGCCUACAUGUUCGUUCAGUCAUCUUACAUCAACGUUCUCAACGUGUACGCGUUCAGCAACUGGCACGAUGUCUCGUGGGGUACCAAGGGUUCUGAUAAGGCCGAUGCGCUCCCUUCUGCAACGACUACGAAGGAGGAUGGCGGCAAGGAAGCUGUCAUUGAGGAAAUCGACAAGCCCCAGGCUGAUAUUGACAGCCAAUUUGAAGCCACUGUCAAGCGCGCUCUCACCCCCUACGUCCCCCCUGUGGAGAAGGAUGAGAAGUCCUUGGAUGAUUCCUACAAGAGUUUCCGUACCCGUCUUGUGACGUUGUGGAUCUUCAGUAAUGCCUUCUUGGCUGUAUGCAUUACCAGUGACGGUAUGGACAAGUUUGGAUUCACGAACACCGCUACCGACCGUACGUCGCGUUUCUUCCAGGCUCUCCUGUGGUCCAACGCUGCUGUCGCACUUGUCCGUUUCAUUGGUGCCUGUUGGUUCCUGGGUAAGACGGGUCUCAUGUGCUGCUUCGCUCGUCGGUAG